AUGAGACACACGAGAGAUCCAACUCCAAGCAGUAAGAUUCCCGAUAAAAAUUCUCGACAAAACACCGCCAAAAACUUAGCAGAAACAAAGGAAAAAAAAAAGGCAAAAACAAAAAUGGAUAAAUUUUAGAUUUUUGCUUGCCUGUUAUUGAAUCCAACCAGAGAGAUUAUAAAGGGACGUGGCUUCACCUCUGCUACUGCUAGAGGAAAUUGAAGCAUUCUGGAGCUUUUUGCACAUUGCAAAUCCCUCCAUCUUAAAUAUAACAAUGGCUGCUCCUCUAGGCCUCUUCUCCGUCUUUGCCUUCGCUUUGCUGCUCGCCACCGCCUCCGCCUCCUACCCCUAUGCCAGAGAAGUGUUCAGUUACUCGGGUGCCAAGGGACCGAGCCACUGGGGGCAUCUGAGUUCGAACUACUCGGCAUGCUCUAAUGGCAAGAUCCAGUCCCCCAUCAACGUCGUUAAGAACCAGACGGUCCUGAACAAGGGCCUCACGCCCCUGACCCAGGAUUACCAUCCCGCCAAUGCCACCCUCGGCAACAACGGCGUCACUGUUGCAAUAAAUUUCGAGGAAGAGGUUGGAGCGUUGAUGGUAGGAAACAAGAAGUACAGCUUGAAGCAGAUUCAUUGGCACACUCCCUCCGAGCACUACCUCGAUGGAGUCCAUCAUGCCGCUGAGAUGCAUGUUCUCCACAAGGCCAAUGAUGGAAGCAUAGCCGUAGCUGCUGUCCUCUACCAUUACGGCAAACCCGACCCCUUCCUCCAGAAGAUCAACAAGCGGUUGGUUCAGCUGGGGCAGGAGACCUCUGGCUUGGAUAAGGAAUCUCGAAUUGCAUUGGGACUCUUCACCCCGAAGGGCAUCAUCAGGAGCACCAGCAAGUACUACCGAUACAUCGGCUCCACCACUACCCCUCCUUGCAUCGAGAAGGUCGUCUGGAACAUCCUCGGCGAGGUGAGGACGAUCUCGAAGGAGCAGGUCCAGGCUCUGAGGGCUCCGCUGUACAGCGACUGCAAGAGCAACUGCAGACCGGUGCAGCCCCUUAACGGGAGAAAGAUUGAGCUGUACGACAACCUCAGCCACUAGAAACUCUGUAAUUAUGUAUUCUCAUGUUUAUGAUCAUUGAACAUGACUGUGCGCGCGAUGUGCAGCUAAUUGUUGGAGUCGAGUGUUCUACUAAAUAAAUAUGGUUUAUGUAUAUUA